AUGAGCGGCACUCACACGCCAGCGGAGCCAUCGAGCUCGUCGACCAUCCGAUCGACGCUCUCCGACGCCAUCUCGUCGACCAAGGCGUACCUGCACCCCUUUGCCCAGACGGCCGCGCCCUACGGCUUUAGCCGCAACGGCGACCACGGCGGCCAGGCCGAGCCGCACCGCCUCCUCUCGGACGUCGCACCCCAGCUCAUGACCAACCGCAUGAUGUCGGCCGUCGUCAACUCCAACACGGCGCUUGGCAUCGCGCCGCAGAGUCAGCGCCGCGCCCGCCUCUUCCUCACCCCUCAGUUCUCUCUCACCAGCCCAGCACGCUCGCUGGUGCGCUUCGGCGGUUCCCUGGUCCAGUCGGGCAUCGGCAGAGGGCCUGGAUCCGGCCUCACGUCGCACGAGCUCUACGUGCUCGAGGAGAGCGACCGCAUCCUCUCCUCGGCCGCGCAGGACCUCAGCCUCGACUCGGACGCCAUCGGGUCGGGCAACCGAGCCUCGAUCGAGGGCAGCAAGGGUGGCAGGACCGAUGCCUCCGUCUCGCUCCUCCGCGGCUUCCAGGCGACGGUUCCGAGCGCCCUCGAGGGACGCAGCAGGAGACGAAAGGUGCGCGCCAUCGCCAGCGGGCUCGAAGGCGACGAGGCUGGCGGAGGUACCCCCAAGCGGCUGGGCCUCAAGGCGAUGGGCGACCGUGCUCGUGGACUCAUGGUCGAAGGCGACGACUCGCCCGAGGCAGUGUCUGCCUUUUCAGCCCGCGAGCAACGGCACGCGCGGAGAUCGCAGGCCGCCAAGACGCUGGCAAAGGGCAAGGAGGGAAGCAAGCUCUCCGGCAUCGACGUUGCCGAGCUUGAGAGGCAGAUGGAGGAGAUCACGCGGGAGAAGGACGACAUCGGCGUCAAGCGAUCCCUGAUCGACUCCGAAAUCGCUGCCGUCGACGCCAAGAUCCAGACGCUGGAGCGAAUCAAGUCCGGCCUCAAGGACAAGCUCCUCGGCCUUCGGGAAGAGGAGCUGGAGCUCAACGACGAGCAGGAGGGCGUCAGCGAGCUGCUCGCCGUGCAGAAGCACCGCCGUGCUAUGCCGGGGGGGCCGGGCGCGGCCGCCAACGUCUCGGCCUCUGGCGCCACGGCGCACCAGAGCUCCAGCCGGCGGCGGAAGGGGCCUCUUUUCAUGCCGUCCGAGCACGACGAGCUGCCGUCGGGCGUCGCCUUUAUGACGCUGGCCAAUCACGGCGCUCCCAUCACGGCGCUCGACUUUUCGGAACCCUACGGCACGCUGGUCUCGGCUUCGGCCGAUGACACCGUGCGCGUGUGGGAUCUGGCCUCGGGCGACGAGGUCGGCAGGCUGCGCGGCCACAGCGCCAUGGUCAAGUGUCUUCAGGUCGAGGACGAGAUCUGCAUCACUGGCUCGGCCGACAGCUCGCUCAAGAUCUGGGACCUGACCAAAGUCGAGGACUUUGAGACCCGUCUUGUGAUGAGCGCGUCGGGCGAGCUGCCGCCGCGCAACAAGCAUGCCGUCAACGGCGACGACCAGACUGCGUCCAUCAUCCAGGACUCUGCAGCUGCGGACGACGGCGAGGCCGAGGCCAAGGAUGAGCAUGACCCUUGCCUCCGAAGCCUAGAGGGCCACAGCAAGGCGGUGACCGCGCUCUACUUUGACGAUAACUGCCUGGUGACGGGCGCUUCGGACAAGACGCUGCGGCAGUGGGACCUCAACACGGGGCAGUGCGUGCUGACGAUGGACAUCCUCUGGGCCAUCUCGAACCCGACGUCGUCGCAGGCGCUGUCGCAGUCCGAGUUUGGCUUCCCGUCGUCGCCCAGCCGCAAGGCGACGAGCUCGUCGAUCCUCGGGCCGUCGCGGCCCGAGCUCAGCUCGUCGAACUCGUUCAGCGUGCUCAACAACUUUUCGGGCGCGUUCUCGUACCCGACGCCGCCGUACCAGGACGGCAGCUGGGAGAUGUAUCAGGACUUUGUGGGGGGCGUGCAGUUCUGGGGCUACGCGCUUGCCAGCGGCAGCGGCGAUGGUGGCGUGAGGAUGUGGGACAUGCGUACGGGACAGGCGCACCGGACGCUGCUGGGCCACACGGCGCCGGUGACGUGCCUCCAGUUUGACGAGACGCACGUCAUCUCGGGCAGCCUGGACAAGUCGAUCCGGAUCUGGGACCUGCGCAUGGGGUCGAUCUCUGACACGAUCCGCUACGACUACCCGGUCACGGCGCUGCAGUUUGACACGCGCAAGAUUGUGGCGGCGGCGGGCGAGAAUGGGGUCAAGGUGUUUAACCGCACCACGCUGCAGCACGGGUCGCUCACGCUCAACGGCCACACGUCGCCGGCGGAGCGGAUGCGGUACAUGGACAAGUACGCCGUGUCGGGUGGGCGCGACUGCCUCAUCAAGACCUGGGCGCUCUAA